ACUGAGCUCUUUUGCCCCAGUAGCCUACAGUACUGUUCACGCCACGAGAGAAUUCAUCUAACGAUCGGUGAACGCGAACGGCUAACUUCACUAUUUCAAUUCCUGCAAUCAUAACGGAUAUGUGGGGAAUCUUCUACUGCUGUCAUUGGCCCCGUUGUAGCGCUCUGAAGAACAGCGAAACAACAAUUAUCAUAACCAAAAAAGCAAGCAGAGACAGUUUACAGCGAUGACAUCGGUGUCUUCGCAAUAUCCUACAUGCCUUUGAAAUGCAUGUUCAAACGCAACCCUGGAAGUUGUGCGUUGCAGAUCAGAAAAUAUUCCAGAAACAACCCAGGCUUCAAUGCUCUGGAUGGGAUAGAUAUGAUUUUUUGUUGACCUAGCAUCAUGGCAUUCCAUUCUCAUUUUGCCUCUCCACAGCACGCGCAAGGCUGAUGACGGAUGUGCGACCAUGCUGAUCGAGAUAUGUAUGACGAGGGAUGCUCGUUGUUUAUUAUUAUUAGAGGCCCUUGUUGGCUCGAGACAGUAUCCGGGCCUCAACAAGCGUAACCGUUAGUACGCGGCGUACUGUGUUGGAAGUCCAGAGUGAUAGGUAGAUGCUUCCUUCGCCACUCUGCACACGACAGCCAGAGGCAAAUUCAUCGGCAGCAUCAGCGUCAGCAUCAGCAGCAGCAGCAGCAGUCGCAACCACAGGGCGUCAUAGGCAUGAUAUAGGGAUUUAUACAGACACCACACUUUGGAUAUAGAGACCACCACUAGUUUAUAUAAGGAAUAGCUUGGUAAUUGAUUUUCCAUUAAUUAAUGAUGUAACUUAACUUAUCUACUCCGUAUUAUCUCUAUUCCUCUCAAAUAAUUCUCAUCCACUCAAGGAUGCACUCGUUGUGCUCAUCCUCUCAUCAAUUCUUCAGAACUGCCUGUUUUUGGUCUGCUGUGUAUCACAAGACAAUAAAUACAGUUGAGAUAGAGAAGCUUUCAUUAUCAGUUGAAGGAGAGAUUUCUUUAAAAAUUAGUCUAUUAAUAUCUCUUAAACUCAGCUCAUAAGAAUCGUCAUAUCAGCUGUAUCCAGGGGGUCCCCCCCGCCUUUUCGCCCCCCCCCUGGAGCAGUAAGCACACCGGCAGCUGGCAAUCUCUAUUCUCAUAGAAAUUCAGUGGAUAUGAGAAGCAGGCAGACAGACAGUGAUUCCUGUAUGCAUAACAUUUCCCAUUUCCUGUUUUUUACAUAGUAAUUGAUUUUAGCGGUGGUGUCUAUAUCCAGAGUGUGUGUCUGUACGGAGUAUAAAUCCCCCUCGAUAUGAUGAUAUUAAUAAUAGAAACUGUGGCUGGUGAUUCUGGUUUCGUAAGGUGAGACGUAUGCAAGGCACCAUCAUGAAACCUGUUUUAUUUGUUUCCUUCUUUUUUAUCUCGUGAGAAGAAGAAGAUUUUUUGACGAGGAGCGCGGGCGAUGGCUGUGGAGGCUUUAAUAGCUUGGGAUUAUGACCGCUGAUGCUAUUUCUGUCAAUAACCAAGGCACUUGCACCACAAUAACGAUCGAAUGUUGGGCUACCAAAUGGGUCGGUUGAUCGAUUGACAGUUUGACAGUUUGACAGGUUGGCAGGUUGGCAGAUCGACUGAUAGAUAGACACAUGGUUGUAUAUACAUAGUAGAGACAGGAGAGGCGCCGUUGGGUCACGUGAGGCUGAGACAGCACAUGUUUCAGAGCAUCUGCAGUCCAUGCAGUACAAGACACAGAGGCCAGACCCAUCGCUAAGGUUUUGAAUUACCGUACUUUCUUUUUUCCUUUUUCCUUUCAUCUCCCAUUAGUAGUUACAAGAGUAACUACAAGUAUGGACAAGUCAACAAGAAACAGAGGGGGGCAGUGUGGGACCGACUGGCGUUCAUCCAACCAACUUGUAAACUCGCAACUCGCACCUCGCACCUCGCACCUCGUAACUCGUAACUCGUAACUCCGAAAUCCCCAGAUCAAAUCAUUUAUUAUUAUUAUUAUAUUCGUGACUGUGCAACUAACUCGAGGUUGGAACCACAAACCACAAACCACACUACACUGAUGUCACUGAGCUAUGAUCAACUUCUUUGGCGCCAUGUCCAAGUGUACACCCAACCUAGCGCUUUCUGUGCUGUGUCAGCAGAACAUUGCGUAGUUAGUCAGCAGCAUGCGCUCUGGCUUUCCCGUCGUCGCCGCCGCCCCCCCUUCGAUCUUCAAACCACCCAACUUCAACUCCCGCUGCCGUCUCACUGCUGCUCUCCGCCUUCUCUCGUCUCUCGCGAGCGGCAUGGCCUCGUCGACUCAUUGACCUGACUUGUCAUAUCCUGCCCGUCUGCUGCGCUAUUCUUAUCCUGUGCUCCUCCACGAGUCUUGCUUUCGUUGAGUUAAUGGUUGGUUCUUCGGGUUUACUCCACCGCCUAAUUCGAGCCGCCUAAGGACUUUAACCCAGCGCAUCCUUCUCGAGAUACACACCACACCACACACUUAAUUACAAUGACCCACACGUACGCCAUCCACCCUUAACGGCGACCGGACCUCUUAGAUGCAAACGGCCUCUCUUCCCACUCCCCAACCUAAAUAAAUGCUUUAGGGCUUUCCGCGAUUUCCAGCCAUCAUCAUUUACUUGUCCACCACCGGCCCGCCAGACACCCGACCCCUCCAUUCAGCCUCGUGCACCAGAUUACCGCCCUUCGUUAUCCUCCAGAGCCGCUCGCUACCUUCUCCUCAUCUACCUCGUUCCCAUCUGCAUCUUUGCCGCUACAUCCUCUCUUCCUUAGCUUUAGUGGCUCAUGCGAUUUAUCUCGCGUAGCUCUGUUGCUGUUUUGGAUCAGUAUAUAACCACGACAUUUUGGCCCCUGACCAAACGCUCAAACCAUUUUUUGCGACCUUCCCUCCUCCCCUACCGUCCAAAUAAUUACUAGCCUAUCUACAAUCCUCUGAUUUCAUCCACAUUGCCGGCGAAAAAACCACUCCGUGGUACCAUAUCGCAAUGGCCACCGGCGAUUCACACCCAGCGCCUGGGGUGCCUGCCCGCGACCUUCCUCGGUCAACAGCACAUCAACAACAAAAUUCAGUUCCACACGGCACGAUAUCCCCGCCAUCAAAAAGAGAUCUAACCUCGUGGUGGAAGCAAUUCGUGCGAAAUACAAAGAAAGAUGGGGAACCAGGCCAACAAACCGGUAUUUUUGGCGUACCGCUCAAUGUUAGCAUAAAAUAUGCAAAUGUCGCAAUUUCUCUCGCUGGUGAAGAUGGAUCCAGUUUUAUAUAUGGAUAUGUUCCUAUAGUCGUCGCGAAAUGUGGCGUGUUUCUUAAAGAAAAAGCUACGGACGUCGAAGGGAUUUUCCGGUUAAGUGGAUCUGCUAAACGCAUUAAGGAUCUACAAGAAGCCUUUGAUUCUCCCGAUCGCUUUGGUAAGGGUCUCGACUGGACCGGAUAUACCGUGCACGAUGCCGCCAAUAUCCUUCGUCGAUACCUAAAUCAGCUUCCAGAGCCAAUCGUACCCUUAGACUUUUACGAACGGUUCCGAGACCCGCUACGCAAAUAUCAAGCUCAGGCUGUGGAAGAGAAGGAUGCCGCCCCUGCCAAUGAGGAGGAACCGUUCGAUCAUGCCAAAGCAGUGGUUACGUAUCAACAGCUGAUUAAAGAACUUCCUCCACUAAACCGGCAGCUAUUACUUUAUAUUCUCGACCUCCUGACAGUAUUUGCAUCCAAAUCUGAAGUCAACCGCAUGACUGCAGCGAACUUGGCGGCUAUUUUCCAACCGGGACUGCUGUCCCAUCCGGCCCACGACAUGGCGCCGAAAGAAUAUAAAUUGAGCCAGGAUGUGCUGAUAUUCCUCAUUGAAAAUCAGGAUAAUUUCUUGUUUGGCAUGACGGGCACUGCUGCUGAUCCACAAACAGUCAAGGCUAUGCAGGCUGGAAAUGCCACUAAUAGUACCCUAUCAAAUCUCAGACGGUCGACCUCGAAUGCAAGCGGAAAGGCUGAUAGUAUACGAAAAAUCGAUGCGCUCCGACGAAAUGUGUCCGUUUCAUCAAAACAUUCGAAGACCUCCAACUUUGAUUCAGCAAGCCCUACAACACCCAACUCAGCCGGUGGGGGGUCGCUAGGCGUACAUCGUAGCAACACCGUGCCUUCGAAAAAACUGGCAGCGGUAUCUCCUACACGCUUUACCCGCCCUCGUGAAUCAUCAGGCCCUGGCUCCGGUCACCUCUCUCCAUCUGCUCGCUCCCGACCUCAAUCACGGUCACCUAGUCAAACUCCUUCCCUUAAAGUACAAGGUGCUCCUGACAAAACGAUUCCCGAGUCUCCGUCGCCAUUGAACACAAACCACGGGCUGGGUUUAGUACAAAGCAAUAUGCCCUCGCCUCUCGGUUCCCCGGAUGAACAGGCCGUGCCGUUCGAGCUAGGUUCCAAACCAGGUACCCAACCAUUAGCGGGAACGUUUACGAAAGAAAGGAAACUAGCUUCAUUAUUCAAGUCUACCCCACCGGAGGGCGACAGAAAGGAUGGGCGACAGCCCAACAGAUUGAGGAAGAAGCGCCCAGUUCCUGGAAGCGCGAGCGAAAGUGCCAGGAGCUCUAGUCACUCUUUGCAGGUUGGAUCUGAGCCCUCCUUGAGUACUUUAGUAUCACAAGCUGUAGCGGAUAAGCGGGAAGCUCCAGAGGAUCAGUCACACAUGUGGACUCCCAAAUUAACAAAUUCCGCUACGACACCUGCCGCCGAAACUAUCCCCCAGCCAACCGGGGAAUUAAAGCAAGCAGUGCAUGCAUCUCCGGAGAGCACCCUGAAACCCGGAAGGUCGAGGACCCCAUCGAUGCACUCGCGUUCAUCUGUGACGGACCAUUCUGAUUUCGACCAUCAAGAUGAUUCUACCAUACAAAAGAAAAAGGACCAUAGGCGGAGUUGGAGACACCCUCGUGGGGUCAAGCGACGUGAACGGACGGACAUGAGCAUGUCGCCGCCACCUCCUAUUGGAUACAACUCAAAUGCAGCCUUCAGCAGUAGCUCAUUAGGAAGCACAAAUUGGCCACAGAAGACCGCCUCCAAUGAGUCCCGCCAAAUAAGCCCCGAAACUUCCGCAACCGGAACGAUAGAUUCCACCACUACCACUACACAACCCCCACCCUCAUUAACAACCCAAGACUCGAGUAUUAGUGUAAGCAGCAACUUAGUGAAACCAUCCAACUAUGGCCAUCAAAGCAAGGAACCAGUUGAGUCGGAAAGAAAGGGCUUCUUCGGGAAAUUCAAGGCCAAAGUUGCAGGCGUAAAGGAAGGGGUGAAAGAGCGUGAGGUGGAGAGGGAACGGGAGUACGCGAAAAGCCCACCACUCUCUGACGGCGAAAAGACGUCUUCUAGGCAUAACCUAUCCAUCCUGCCUCCCAAGGAAAGCAGAGAAAGCAAAGAGAGCAAGGGGACUACAUUGACAGAGCCGCCCACAGAGCCACGGGUCACCCGCCCGGCGGAAAUUCUGGAAUCUUCACAGCCGCCAGUGACGGCGGCGGCGGCAGCAACUCGAGCAGCAGCUCCUCCCACACCUCAACCCUCUCCGCCCCUUACAAUGGUAUUCCCCGGCUCGUUCCCGGAACCGACGAUCCCAGAGGAAACACCCCCCUGGCCCGUUACAGAAGCGCCAAAAGAUAGUGGUGUCACCGUUCUCCCGAAGGUGGAGGAGGAUGAGUCGCAAUCACCACCACAACCUUCGCCAUCUACGGCGGAAACAGUCAAAGUGGCGCCUGCUCCACAGCUGGGAACAGUCGUGGAGAAUCAGCAAUCUUCUCCGGAGCCAUCAUCGACGACGUCAAUGUCUAAUGCAUAAUUUCCUUUCCUUUUCCUUUUUCUAUUUCUUCAUUUUGUACGCUUUUUCUCUAUUUAUUUUCCUAACUUUCCUCCGCAUUUUCUUUCUUUCUCUCCUUUUUUUUUUUUUUUUUUUUUUUUUUGUUUUUUUUGUUUUUUUUUGCCAUGCUGAAUAAAUAUCACGAGUUGCUUGUUUAUUUUAUGUGUAAUAACUAAGUAAUAUAGAGAACGUUUGAAUGAAACUUAAAGAGGGAGGAAAUGAAUUCAUAUUUUUUUUGAGUUGAGAUUUUUUCAUUUUAGCUUCUUCUCUAAAUAAAGAACACUAUUGUAAAAGGAUGUGGUUAUUUAUUUUAAUUCUCUCUGUGCUGUAUUUCUUUCUGUUUAACUCUUAUAUAAUGACAGCACUACUGCUCCGCUGCUGAUUGUAGAAAAAGAAUUACUCGGAUACCUCUUUUUCUUGUUUUUAAAAAACCAGAUCUAAAUGUCCGUCUGGUCAUGGCCCGUCUGAAGUUGUAUCUACCCCCUUACAUAAAAUUCAAAAGAACAAAAUUCCUGGUCCUCCUGCUCACUCUCAAUAAUUGGAUGAACGAGUGUAAACGAAGCAACGCUUGCUUCGACUUGACUCUCCGC